GAAGCGUAAGCGAGUGCUCCUCAGCUUCCGUAGUCGCCGUCGCCGCCGUUUGUAGUAGCGCCUUCUCUCUCCCCCGCGCUCAUUUUCCGAUCGCCGUCUCUCGCCGCCUCUCUCCGCCGGCCGUCUCCGUCGAACUCGUGUCGGGAGCAGUCUGGUGAUUCCGGGAUGGGAUCCGGGGAGGAGGUGGUGGAAAUCGAUAGCUUGGAGAAGGGUCUAUUGAGAGACCGUGGGUCUGGCGAGAUCGUGGAGAGCGAGGAGGACCCGGUUCUGUACAUGGCGACCUUUCGGGAAAUGGAGGAAAAUUUUGUCAAGUACCAGACGGCUCAAUGGGUUCUUUACUCGUUGCUUUUGGUUCUGGCUUGGGGUUUUGGCUUGUUCAUGUUGCUUUACUUGCCUGUUCGGAGAUACAUACUUCGGAAGGAUAUCCGUUCGAGGAAGCUCUAUCUCACCUCAGAUUCCAUCGUGUACAAAGUUACCAAACCAGUACCAUUUCCAUGUUUUGGAGUGUUAAAAAAGGAGAAGCAUGUGCUUUUGCCUUCAGUUGCCGAUGUUGUGAUUGAACAAGGCUAUCUGCAGUCCCUUUUUGGUGUAUACUCUCUUAGAAUAGAGAAUGUUGGUGUGAGAAGGCCACCAAGUGAUGACGUUCAAAUACAAGGCAUUGCAAACCCUAUCGCUUUCCGAAAGGCUGUUCUAACACGUCUUUCAAGCUUGAGAAAUGAAGCCUUUCCUAGACAAGUCUCAACUAUUGAUGACAUACCCAACCUGAGACUGGGUCAGUCAGCUUUGAUGUCCCCAUCGAUGUCCAUCCGGUAUGAUUCUUCUCCCUAUUCAGGAGAGCAGUUGUUGUUGCAAAAGCUCGAUGAAGUUGGAAGUUCUGUUAAAAGACUUCAAACUUUGAUCGAGGAACAACAAUCUCAACCAUCAGAAUCAUUAGAAUGAGGAUGCAUAGCCGGGUGUCAUUUUGUAUCAGAUCAAUUUCUGCCUCAGAUCAAUGUGCCGCGAUGAAUUGUACUGCUGCAUUGUUAGUUGGUCAAGUUUGAGUUUUGAGAUUUGUUUAUUGCCAGAAGGUCUUUCAUUUUCAUUCUUUUUGUAUGGAUUGCAUGUACAAUAGUGUUUUUGGCCCUCUCCAUCUGUUAAUGGUAGAUCUGCUCAUGUAUAGUGAUUUGGUCUAUCUUGUCCUGGUGUCCCUCGUGUGCAUCUGUCUUUGUUUCCCUGUUUGGACCCUCAAGGCUAACUGGGCCAACAUCAGCAAAAACUACAGGUGGUUGUUCAUUUGUUCUUUUGUAAUUAAAUAUCCACCCCAUUUUUCGGUGCUAGAGGAAGAUUCCCAA